CUUGCGCAUUCGAGCUGAGAUACCGGUUAUGUGAACGUAAAGGAUACACAGGCGAAACAAAAUGGCGUCCUUAUCAAAUAUAUUACCCGCCCCAUCUCAGCGCAUAUACGAUAGAGAUGAUGAAGACAGACAGUACAGGUCACAAAUGCAGGUUACCCCUGUCACAAGCAAGAGAGCAGCCCCACCAUAUGGCCAUAGGAAGGGAUGGAUACCAAGAUCACAGGAGGAUUUUGGUGAUGGGGGUGCCUUCCCAGAAAUUCAUGUAGCUCAGUAUCCUCUUGGGAUGGGUUUGAAAGAAACCACAUCCAAUUCUUUGGCUGUGUCACUUGAUCAGCAUGGAAAGAUCAAGUAUGAUGCCAUUGCCAGACAAGGACAUGGCAAAGAUAAGGUGAUUCAUUCCCGUCCUGGUGACUUGGUGCCAAAGAUGAUUGAUGAGGAUGACCCUGAUCUGCAACGUCCAGAUGAAGAGGCUAUUGAGGACACAACAGAGAAGACGAGGCAGGCUUUAUCCAAGCUGGUAUCCAGCAAGAUAUCAGCUGCCAUGCCAGUCCGGCAUGCAGAGAAACAGGCACCUGCUCAGUAUAUCAGGUAUACUCCAUCUCAACAGGGUGUGGCAUUUAACUCCGGGGCCAAGCAGAGGAUCAUCAGAAUGGUGGAGGUGCAGAAAGAUCCCAUGGAACCACCAAGAUUUAAAGUAAACAAGAAGAUCCCUAGGGGUCCUCCUUCACCCCCAGCACCCGUGAUGCACUCCCCUAACAGAAAGGUUACAGUUAAAGAACAACAAGAGUGGAAGAUUCCUCCCUGUAUCUCUAACUGGAAAAACAACAGAGGUUAUACUAUACCUCUAGACAAACGUCUGGCUGCUGAUGGCCGUGGUUUGCAGGGAGUCCACAUCAAUGAGAACUUUGCCAAGUUGGCUGAAGCUUUGUAUAUUGCUGAUAGAAAAGCUAGAGAGGCAGUUGAGAUGAGAGCUCAGAUCGAGAAGAAGAUGGCUCAGAAGGAGAAGGAGAAGAAGGAAGAGAGCCUUAGAAUGCUGGCCCAGAGGGCAAGGGAGGAGCGGGCAGGAAUACGGAGAGCUGAUGAACGGGAUGAAGAAGAAGUUGAGAGAAAUGAACUGAGACGAGACAGACAGAAGGAGAGGCAGAGAGACAGGAAUCUAGCUAGGGCAGCCCCAGAUAAGAGAUCACGCAUUCAGAAGGAACGUGAACGUGACAUCAGUGAGAAAAUUGCUCUGGGAUUGCCUAAUGCUGGAGGAUCUCAAGAAACACAGUUUGAUCAAAGACUCUUCAACACAAACAAGGGUAUGGACAGUGGCUUUGGUGAUGAUGAGGCAUACAAUGUGUACGACAAGCCGUGGCGUGAGGAAAACAGCAUAGGCAACCAAAUCUACCGACCAUCCAACAGGAAGGACAAGGAUCUGUAUGGAGAGGACUUUGACACCCUUAUGAAACAGAAAAGAUUCGUCCCAGACAGGGAGUUCGAGGGCACUGACAGAAGUCGGCGCCGUGAUGGGCCAGUGCAGUUUGAACAGGAUGUGGAGGAGGACUUGUUCGGUCUUGACAAAUUCUUCACAGAGGCUAAGAGGGGUCAGAAGCGUGCUGGAGAUGACUCUAGGUCUAGUAGGGACUAUGAAUCCAGCAAGAGCAAACAAAAGCGGAGAGAAUAAGCUCUAAGGAGCAAAUGGGAAUGAGAUCAAGACUUAUUCCACAAGCAGCAUUGCAAAUGUGAUUAGCAUACAUGUUCCAGUCUUCAAUAUGGAUGAACAGGGAUUAGAAACACAUUCUCAUUUUUACUUGAUCAGGUAGGACUUCAGGACUGUCAGGGAGGGAAAUCUAAUUACUGUAUUUUCAUACUAGUGGAGAAGAAUGCAUGUCUUGUGUCUGAAUGGAAUACGAUAUGUGCAUCAUCAUUUCAUAUAGAGACUAGUUAAAUUGUCAUUCAGAAAGGUAAAAUGCCUAUAUACUUUUAGCUUUAAUGAGCCAAUGUUAACUGGAGCAAGUGAUCAGAUGAAAAAAAUAUUAAAUUAUUCUUUACUUCAACAUUAUUGAAUGUUUGUUUUGCCAUACAUUAUGCAUUUUCAAACAAUUUUGUAUUGUAACAUUGACUUCAAUGAUUCAAGUGAAAAAAUUAACGUUUGGUCUAUUGUGCUUUUGUGUACUUCAUUUAUCUGCUCUUGAAAUACCUUUCAAGAAAAAGGUACUUUAAAAUCCAGACUGAAUAAGUACAUAGGUACAUGCCUUUCAUUUCCAAAGCCCCUCGACUUGUUAUAUAUCAUAUGGAAGCAUGUGCAAUGUAUGUAAAAUGACUUUCAGAUUGUCAAAUCAGAAUUGUUUUAUCACUGUAUACAAGGAGAUGUCAUGUGUGAUUCCUGUAAAUAGGAUAUCUCUUGUUUUGUGUAUGUGUUUUUACCAUGUUUCAGAAUACAUUUGGCGGUAAUGACUGGUUUUACUUAUAAGGGUAUAUUCAAUAAUUGAGAACAUGCCGUCCAGUUAUUUUACAGAAUAGCUGCACGUCACCCAAGAAACUAGAACCGAAACAAUUUUAUUUCUCAUGAAAAUGUAACCCAUGAAAAUGAUAUUGUGAAUAAACAAGUGAAUGUACAA